AUAUCUUUGUAACCGCCCGACUUAUUUGUUAAACAAAGUUAUAAUAAAUUCAUGAAUGGGUUACCAUCCGGAAACAAUUCAGUGUUCUUUCUAGUUUCGUAAUUUGUGAUCUCCCUUUUCCUUCUAAAUUUCUCGAUCAAUUAUAAUAAUUUUGCAAUUCCUAAAAUAUUUAGGGUUUCUGAUUCUAAAAAAGCGAUUCCGUUCAAUUGUUGAAACAAAAUCAACAUACUAAGGAAUCCCAAACCAGAAAUUUAAUUUCCCCCAAACCGAUCAAUGGUGUGUGAUAAAUGUGAGAAGAAAUUGGCGAAGGUGAUAGUUCCAGAUAAGUGGAAAGCAGGUGCGAGUAACACUACAGAGAGCGGCGGUCGCAAAAUCAAUGAAAACAAGCUGCUUUCCAAGAAAAACAGAUGGACUCCUUAUGGAAACACAAAAUGCAUCAUCUGUAAGCAGCAAGUGCACCAAGACGCCAAAUAUUGUCAUACUUGUGCAUACAGUAAAGGUGUCUGUGCAAUGUGCGGUAAACAAGUGCUGGAUACUAAGCUCUACAAGCAAAGUAAUGUAUAAUAUUUAUUGGAACUAUCUUGCAAUGUAUUGUUUCAGCUCUGGGAACGAACGAUUCGUGACUCGAAUCAUUGGUCUUUGAAGGAGAAAAUCGUAUUUGUGUAUGUACGGAGUAUUUACUAGUUUUCUGUUAUGUAAACGUCCUUUUUUUUUUUUGAAGUUGGGGGUAUGACUUGCGAGUUGUCUCUCAUCUCCAUUACUGUUUAAUCAAUGGUACCAUUAAGUGACACUUCGACUCUUCAUAACAAA